AUGCAUCCAUCUGUGAUGAAAAUAUGGCCCCCUGGUCAUUAUAGUCCAGUACAUAAUUAUGGUGAUCCAUAUGGAAUUGUUCGUGUACUUCAUGGACGACUUCUUCUGAAAUUUUUUCCAGCUCUUUUAAUCAAUUUGCGACAAAAUUCACCUAUUGAGCAAUUAUUUGAAGAAAAUCAAGUUACAUGGAUGAUCCCUAAAUUAAAUCAAACAUGUCAAAUGCUUAAUCCUGACAUGUAUGAAUCAUGUUGCAUCACUAUUCAUAGUUACCAAUACGAGACAGCCGAUGAAGUAUAUUGCGAACAUUUUGAUUUCAUUACUAAUGAUGGACAUCAUAUCGAACAUCACAAUUGUACACCUGAUAAUAAUUAUCUUGCCUUCAAAAACAUAAUGGUGCAGGAGUCAAUGCAUGGAACUGUUUUGUGA